AAGAAAAAUCCCCCAAUUACGCGUGAAGGAAUCGCAAUUUGCAACCCCUUGAAAAAGGGCUCCGCCAUUGAAACCGUUGGUUCAUCUUCCUCCCUCACCUCUCUGUGUAAACCCGAUUUUCUCUCCCGAAUUUUCUCGGCAACCAAACAGGCUCCACCACAUACAUUUCCGUUUCCCCCAUUUUUUCCUUCGGAUGCCAGCCAUUUUCCCCAGGAUUUUCCGGUUUUCACAAUCUCCCCUGCCGCAUUAAUUCCUCCUCUGUUCGGUUUCCGAGAAAGAAAGAAAAAGAAAAAAACAGAGAGAAGAAACAAUAAUCCUCCAUUCCCUUCCCCUUCCUCUCUCCCCUUCCUCUCUACGCAUCAUCAUCAUCCAGUCGCCGGCCGAUCUCCACCACCGACUCUUCACGCAUCUCGAAUUCGAUCGAUCGAUGGACCCGACGGAACUGAGAAGAGUGUUCCAGAUGUUCGAUCGCAACGGCGACGGGCGGAUCACGAAGAAGGAAUUAAGCGAUUCGUUGGAGAAUUUGGGGAUCUUUAUCCCGGACAAAGAUCUGACUCAAAUGAUCGAGAAAAUCGACGUGAACUGUGACGGAUGCGUGGACAUUGACGAGUUCGGGGAGCUGUACCAGUCGAUUAUGGACGAGCGCGACGAGGAGGAAGACAUGAGAGAAGCCUUCAACGUGUUCGACCAGAACGGAGACGGAUUCAUCACCGUCGAGGAAUUGAGGUCAGUAUUAGCUUCCUUGGGGCUUAAGCAAGGUAGAACUGUAGAGGAUUGCAAGAAGAUGAUCAUGAAGGUGGAUGUGGAUGGAGAUGGAAUGGUGAAUUACAAAGAGUUCAAGCAAAUGAUGAAGGGAGGUGGGUUUAGUGCAUUAGGUUGAUCUUUUCUCGCUUAAUCACACACACACUUCACACUUCACACAUUCGCACAGACAGAGGUGAGAGGAAGGAGAUCAAGAAACUGAAAAUUCCAAAAAGAAAAAAAACCAAAAAAAAGGUAAGAGAGAGGAUUGUUUUUCCAUUAGAGUCUGUACAUAAAACCUUGGAGAUUGAAGAUGAUGAUGAAGAAGAAGGAGAAGAAGGAGAAGAAGGAAGGAGAAAGAUGGGUCAUUACUACACAGGUUGCAUGGAUUAUUUGUGCACUCAAUCACACGUGUCGAUGUGGCAUUGGUUGGAAUUGGAGCCAAUGAGCUUUUCACACGUAUUGGAAUUUAUAUAUUAUACAAAUGUAUUUUUCAUUUUUUUUUAAUUGAAAUUAUGAUCAUGAUGAUGUAGGUGAAAAAUUGAAUGAAUAGUCCAUGUAAUUUUGAAAUUUGUCGUUGUUGGGGAAGAAGGAAGAAGAAAGGCAUAGUGAAACAUUUGUGGGUUCUCGGGUCGGGUCACCAACAGAUUAUUAUUGUGCUU